AUGGCGGCCGGGGUCGAGGCGGAGGCCAAAGUGGCAGCGAUGGAGCCCAAAAUGGAGGGGGAGAGCGGUGCGCCCGGCGCAAAGCGCAACGGAGUUCCGGGUCCGAAAGGUGAAGGAGAACGACCUACUCAGAAUGAGAAGAGAAAGGAGAAAAACAUAAAAAGAGGGGGCAAUCGCUUUGAGCCAUAUGCCAAUCCAACCAAACAAUACAGAGCCUUCAUUACAAACAUACCUUUUGAUGUGAAAUGGCAGUCACUUAAAGACCUGGUUAAAGAAAAAGUUGGUGAGGUAACUUACGUGAAGCUCUUAAUGGACGUUGAAGGAAAGUCAAGGGGAUGUGCCGUUGUUGAAUUCAAGAUGGAAGAGAGCAUGAAAAAAGCUGCCGAAGUUCUAAACAAGCAUAGUCUGAGUGGAAGACCACUGAAAGUCAAAGAAGAUCCUGAUGGUGAACAUGCCAGGAGAGCAAUGCAAAAGGCUGGAAGACUUGGAAGCACAGUAUUUGUAGCAAAUCUGGAUUAUAAAGUUGGCUGGAAGAAACUGAAGGAAGUUUUUAGUAUGGCUGGUGUGGUGGUCCGGGCAGACAUUCUUGAGGAUAAAGAUGGAAAAAGUCAUGGAAUAGGCACUGUUACUUUUGAACAGUCCAUUGAAGCUGUGCAAGCUAUAUCUAUGUUUAAUGGACAACUGCUAUUUGAUAGACCAAUGCACGUGAAAAUGGAUGAGAGGGCCUUACCAAAGGGAGAUUUUUUCCCCCCUGAGCAUCCACAACAACUUCCCCAUGGACUUGGUGGUAUUGGCAUGGGGUUAGGACCAGGAGGGCAGCCUAUUGAUGCCAAUCACCUAAAUAAAGGCAUUGGCAUGGGAAACAUAGGACCUGCAGGAAUGGGAAUGGAAGGCAUAGGAUUUGGAAUAAAUAAAAUGGGAGGCAUGGAGGGUCCCUUUGGUGGUGGUAUGGAAAACAUGGGUCGAUUUGGAUCUGGGAUGAACAUGGGCAGAAUAAACGGUGGAGGUGGAGGCAGUGUCCCUGGGAUCGAGAGGAUGGACCCCCGCAUUGACCGCAUUGGGGGUACUGGCAUGGAGCACAUGGGCGCAGGCCUGGGCCAUGGCAUGGAUCGUGUGGGCUCUGAAAUUGAGCACAUGGGCCUGGUCAUGGACUGCAUGGGCUCCGUCGAGCGCAUGGGCUCUGGGAUUGAGCGUAUGGGCCCACUGGGCCUCGACCACAUGGCCUCCAGCAUCGAGCGCAUGGGCCAGACCAUGGAGCGCAUUGGGUCUGGCGUGGAGCGCAUGGGUGCCGGCAUGGGCUUUGGCCUGGAGCGCAUGGCUGCACCCAUCGAUCGUGUGGGCCAGACCAUUGAGCGCAUGGGCUCUGGUGUGGAGCGUAUGGGCCCUGCCAUUGAGCGCAUGGUCCUGAGCAUGGAUCGCAUGGUGCCCACAGGCAUAGGGGCUGGCCUGGAGCGAAUGGGCCCUGUGAUGGAUCGCAUGGCCACCGGCCUGGAGCGCAUGGGCGCCAACAACAUGGAGCGCAUGGGCCUGGAGCGAAUGGGUGCCAAGAGCCUGGAGCGCAUGGGUCCCGCCAUGGGCCCAGCCCUGGGCGCUGGCAUUGAGCGCAUGGGCCUGGCCAUGGGUGGCGGUGGCAGUGCCAGCUUUGACCGUGCCAUCGAGGUGGAGCGUGGCAACUUUGGAGGAGGCUUCGCAGGUUCCUUUGGUGGAGCUGGAGGCCAUGCUCCUGGGGUGGCCACAAAGGCCUGACAGAUAUUUGUGAGAAAUCUCCCAUUUGGUUUUACAUGGAAGAUGUUAAAGGAUAAAUUCAACGAAUGUGGCCACGUGCUGUAUGCGGACAUCAAGAUGGAGAAUGGGAAGUCCAAGGGGUGUGGUGUGGUUAAGUUUGAAUCUCCAGAGGUGGCUGAGAAAGCCUGCCGGAUGAUGAAUGGGAUGAAGCUGAGUGGCCGAGAGAUUGACGUUCGAAUCGAUAGAAAUGCUUAAGCAGUUGCCUUUUUUAAACAUCGAUACCAGACAUCUGAAUUUGUAUUUUUUCUUGUUAACCAUUUUAAUUUUUUGGCUGGUUGUAUAAAGAUGUUUAAAAAAUUCAGUUGCUUUUUGGGGUAAUUUGAAUUACUUUUUUAAUGACUGGGGUUCCAUUUUACUGUUUGCAUUGAGAUUGCAAUGUGCACAAUUUUUUUUGUAGUUGUGGCAUCUUGUUGACAUCAAAUAUGACUUUGAUAAUAAAUACCAGUUCCUGAAAA